AUGGCUGGUGGAGUAGACGACAUCUCCCAGACUGAAGUUCCAGGAACAGUCUUCUUUGUUGGGGACAAGACACAGGUCGAGCAAUCGCACGACACUACCGAGCACAAUGUGGUGCUUGUUCCUCGCCCACUAGACACAGCACGAGACCCCCUGAACUGGCCCAAGCCAAAAAAGGCAUGGAGCCUGUUCCUGGCGACGCUGUUCGCCACUGUCAUGGCAUUCGGUGAGAACGUCUCCGGUGCUGCCUGGACUGUUAUAUCGGAUGAAAUCGAUGUCACGAUUGCCGACAUGAACGGAGGAUCUGCCCUCAACUACCUGCUUCUGGGAUUUGUCAAUGUCCUCUGGAUUCCGACGGCCAUGAAGUUUGGUCGCAAGAUUGUGUAUAUCUCCUCGAUGAUAAUCGUUAUGGCGGCCUCUGUGUGGAAUUCGUAUAUCUAUGGCACGCCGCAAUGGUACCUGAACAGCCUGGUCGGGGGAAUUGGGCAGGGUGCUUACCAGGCUAUCAUUCAACUUACGGUGUUUGAUAUAUUCUUCGCCCACCAACGUGGUACUAUGCUGGCUGUUUACGUCUGGGGACAGCAGCUGGGUACCAUCUUGGGCUUAAUCCUGGGCGGCUAUAUUGCUGAGGGACCUGGCUGGAGGUGGGCUUACAGGGUUGUUGCCAUUCUCAGUGGCGCUGUCGUUGUCUUGUUUGCUUUCACCCUGGACGAUUCUCUCUUCCCUCGAUAUGCGCUCGAGAGGUCGAGAGCUGCCGUCUCCCAAAACGCUACCAGUCAGACAUAUCAGGAUAGCAGUACUCAUCCAACCAGUGAUACCAAGAAGGAACCAUCCAUAGACCCUCUAGACCGGCAGACGACAGUCAACGAUGGCGACUUUGACUUCCUACCACGCAACUACUGGCAGGUCCUCGCGCCAGUUCACUACUUCAAGGAGGACAAGACCACCUGGUGGCAGUACUUCCGGCGACCGUUCCAUCUGUUUGCAUUUCCGAAUAUUGUCAUAGCUGGCCUGAUCUACGCUUUCGCAAACACAGCGGGCAUCGUCUCCUUCAACACCAUCUCCGAGAUCAUGACCGAAGCUCCUUACAACUGGGGAACCGGAGCAACCGGCCUACUCUUCCUCGCUGCCCUAGUCGGCUCUUUCAUCGGAAUGGGAACCGGCGCCCUCGGCGACCUCGUAGUCCUCCGCCUCGCUCGCCGCAACGCCGGAUACAAAGAGCCAGAAAUGCGCCUGUGGAUUCUCUCCCUUGCCUUCGUCUACGGCGCAGUCGGGUACUUCAUGUACGGGUGGGCCGCGUCGUACGGAAAAUCCUGGGUGCUUAUUGCCGUCGGACUAGGCGGGAUGGUCGCGCAGCAGGUUGCUGCUGCCAGUGUAGCCACUGCCUAUGCGAUGGAGUGUUUUGAGGGGAUAUCAAGCGAACUUGUGGUCGUGCUUGCGAUCUGCUCGUCGUGUAUCAACUUCGCCAUGUCGUUUUCGGUCCAGCCGUUCAUCGAGGCGACGGAUUAUGGAAGGGCGUUUACGUUUUUUGGGGCGUUGGUGCUGGCGAGUAUGGCGCUGGCUGGGCCUUCGAUGGUUUGGGGGAAGAGGUGGCGGAAAUGGUGUGCGAAGAGGUACUGGAGGUUUGUUUCGGAGGGGGUUGUUAUUUGA